AUGGAGAGCCUCCUGCGUGACCUCGGGGACGCGCGCGACGCCUGUAACAACCUGCCUUUUGACGAUGCGCUGCGCGACAAGAUAGCUACCGAACUGGAUCGCAUCGAGGCUGCUCCGCCUCUCGAGCGCAUGUUGGUGACGAAGCCGCCGGUCAAGAGGUGGGCGGAAUUGGUCAGCCAGCAGAAGGAUCCGUCCAUCAAGACGCGUCGUCAGGCUGCGCUCACCGCCAUCCUGCGCGUCGUCGACCGCCUCCCCGCUCGGGGGCCAAGCCAAGAGGGGUGUGCGGCGCUCGUCGAGAUUGACGGCAGGGCGUUGGGCUCGGCGGCGAUGUUGGAGGGUGCGCGUGCGGGUGAGGCGUCCGCGGGUGAGGCGUCCGGCCGCUAG